CUUUCCAGAUGUAAUUCCAAAGCAUCAUAUUUACCACGUCAAAGCUUAGAAAAGCAAGCCAGUUCGGAUCCAGAUCAUGGCAGCUAUAAACUUACCCUCCACUCCAAUGAAGAUUUGGUGGGUGGUGCGAAUAGCAAUGCAAAAUCCACAUACGAUAUUAUGGCACAAACACAGACACAAUCGACAAAACUGCCCAGCAAUUUACCCGAUGUCCUGCCAUUGGGUGCCAAAUUGCAGCCCACACAAGCUGAAGCCUCAAUUUUGCGUACACAAUCCAGUUCCCUGCGAUAUGGAUCGAAUAAUAAUAUCGCCACAUCACCCACCAAUACACAAGGACAACCACAAUCAUUGAACAGCAACAACAACUGCUAUCCAGCAUAUCCACCAUCCCAACAACGUUAUUCGACUCCAGUAUUGAGUUCAUUUAAUUUGAAUAACAAUUUCAGUAGAUCUCAAUCGUACGAUACCCAAGGAUCAGUGCCCGCAGGCCAAAGUCCCACCAAAUAUAUGACCCAGUCUUCGUUAGACCUUAAGAAACCCACACUAAUGGCCACCACAAUUGAGGAACAUCCCAACAGUAUGCUGGAAAGCACAAGUCUUAAGGAGAAUCAAAAUUCAUCACUCUCAUCGUUGAGCUCUCUGUCGGAGAGUUGUGCCAGUCAUGAAGAGAGAUUGAAUACCAGCGGUAGUGGUAGUCUACUGAGUAAUACCAGCUUGAAUAACAGCAGUAAUUCAUAUCAUCAUCAACAUGAAUCAUCUGCCUCGUCGGCCUGCUCCUCGGCGGCAUCAUUGUUUAGAGCGGAAUUGGUCAACACAACAUUGAAUGGCAGUGCCACACAAAAUAGCAACAACAACAAGAAGGCGGUAAUACGUCAAGAAUCUCUAAGGGAGAAUAUUGAGAAAAUCAGUCAAUUGCAAUCCCAAUUGAUGUCAGCCCAUAACACUGAAAACAAUGGGCUAUUGGGUCAUGGUUAUACCUCGUCGCUUUCACCUCAUAUAAAUGCAAAUAGAAGUGCUCAGGCAAAUGUGAUUGAUAUACCAAAAACCAUGGAAUUAAAUGCCUCGCAAAUGAUGGAGGAUAAAAUGUGCAGAGAAUCAACACCGCCACCAUCACCACCCUCAGGAUCACCUCCAACAACACCAGCAUUAUCAUCCUCAUCAUUACAAGAAGAAUCCGCUGAUAAAACCAAUGAAACCUGCAAAGAAGAUUGCGAAGACAUAAAAUCUAACAACAAUGAAAUUGAACAGGAAAAAGCCUUAAAGGAAAGUAAAAAUAAAACCGAAGCCGCCACCACCACCGAGCAUAUACUCUCGCAAUUGGAUUCCAGCACAGAUAGCCUAAAGAUGGUACAGCGAAGUGAAAUCAUAUUAAGAGUUAAUCCUAAUACCGUUGAAACUGCCUCACAAACCGAUGAUAUCACCGACAGUGAACUGAAAUCCCUGACGGAUAUGAAUAACAGUAAAGAUAGCGGUGAUACUACGACGGGUAAUCGCACAACAACAACACUGCAACCUCGCCAACGCCUGCCCAUCGAAGAUGAAUGUGAAAAAUUAUCCAAAGAAUUGGCCACAAUGUUGCCAUCAAAUGAUUCCCUAAUACAUUUGUUAUGCCCACCAGGCAGCAAGACUGUGCACGAUUACGUUAGCAAUUUGUAUAAUCCCAAUGUACGCCAAAGACCCAGUAAACGUGAUGUGGGCACAUCGACAUUGACACGCCAGCAUCAUCACAACAAAACCAGGGAUGAGGAUAAUAAGUUGACGGUGGAAUUGAAAUUGACGGAAAUUGAAAUAGCUGCCGAUAGCUGUGAUAUCCUUAAAAAUAAAGUGGAUGAAUUAAUCAAAUAUUUGAACAAUAAAGUACGCAUCCUAAGUAAAGAACAAGCUGCCAUCGAUGAAGAAUCAGCCGCCAAUGAUGAUUUGGGCAACAGUUUGCUCAAUCAAUUGUGUGAUAAAGUCCGACCCAUUGAAGAAUCCAAGUGCCGUACCUACAUAUCGGACAUUGGCCAUAUCACGGGUUUGCUAUUGUCGCUGUCGGAACGUUUGGCCCGCGCCGAAAAUCAACUAACCGCUGUGGGUGAUAAUAAUACCGAGAAGAAAUCGUUGGAAAACAAACGUGAUCGUCUGCUCGAGCAAUUAACUGAAGCUAAACGUCUCAAGGCCGACAUCGAUCGUCGUGGUGUUAGUGUCAAGACACUGCUGGAGAAGAAUUUAACUUCAGAUGAAUAUGCCGAUUUUGAUUAUUUUAUAAAUAUGAAAGCCAAACUUAUAACCGAUUCAAGAGAUAUUGCCGAUAAAAUCAAAAUGGGAGAAGAAAUCAUUGCUGCUCUCAGUGAUACUUUAAUACAAAGUGAUUGUUAAUAACAAAAAACAAAACAAAAAGCACACCAAGAGAG